CGUUAAACCGAAACACCGACUCUCGACAUGUCCACUUUUCAUUUUAUAAUCACGAUAAUGUAACAAACUGACGCUUUAAAUGACGUCGUUUUUUCUGUUUACUGGUUGAAACAACUAAAAAUGAAUUAAACCGAAGACUUGCAUUUCACACAACGUGAACAAACACAGACUAACACUCUGACUUGCAAACAGGAGUGAACCAUCUUGCCCUGAACUCUCACUCACUCUUUAGCCACGCAUGCUAAACCUGUGAGCUUUCUCCUGCAUGUAUCGGUGACAGCUGCAUUGAAGUUUGUUGUUUGAAAUAAGUGAACUACGCAUUUUUCCUGCGGUACAGCACCAGAGAAAGUACUGCACAUGUCAGUGCUGAAAGAACAUUUAAUAUAACGCAAAAACAUGGCCUCAAGUUCUUUGGGCAGAAGACUGGCAGCUUGUCUUCUCAAUGUUUCCGAAGCUCAUAGGAAAGACCUGGUGGAGACUGUGGCAAAGGCAGCCUUAUACGACACUGAAGGGAUUAGACGAAAGGGGACAGCAGUGCUGAACAUCUUUAAUGACCAGGACUACAACCGCUCUGUCGUCACUAUCGUGGCCAGUAUCGACUCGAUCAGGGAGGCGGUGCUGUCCGCGUGCGAGAAAGCCUGCGGUCUGAUCGACAUGCGCACUCACAUCGGGGUCCACCCUUGUAUGGGUGCCGUUGACCUCAUACCCAUCUACCCCCUGGGGGAGGAGGUGGGAGUGGAGGACUGUGCUAAAGAGGCUCAGGCUGUGGCUCAGGGGCUUACAGAGCAGGUCCAGGGCACCAGUGCCUUCCUGUUUGGCUGGGCAGACGUCCCCCUUGAGCGGGGGCUGGCGCAGAGGAGGAAGGAGAUGGGCUGGUUCAAGAAGAUUCCAGACUUGCAGGCGAUCAGGCCUGAUGUGGGGCCACAACCACAGAAAAGAUUUGGCCUCACAGGUGUUGGUGCCAGUCCGUAUGUCAUGAACUGCAAUGUCACUAUCGACACUCAGGACAUCACCAUAGGACGCAGCAUUGCCACAGCCAUCAGGGAGUCGACCCCGGGGGGCUUGCCUGGGGUGCAGGUGCUAGCUUUGCCUCAUGAGGGUGCUGUGGAAAUUGCCUGUAACGUGGAAAGUGUGAAGGGAGCCCCACCUAGUAACAUGACUGCAGGAGAACCAUGGCCAUCUUUCAGCAUCAGCGGUCAGCUGUACUGUCAUGUUCCAGCUUCCCUCAUCACGAUGAGGGUCGCAGAGCUGGCAGGGAGGCAGGGUGUUGGAAUGAAGGGCACCGCAUUGGUGGGGUUCACCCCCCAUGAGUGCAGGAACCUGGCAGAGUUAGCGCUAACUCAAGGGAUUGCUGAGUUCUGGAAAGAUCAGCGCAGGAUCCGCAUGUGAAAAUGAACCCUUGCUAAAAACCAGUGAAACCUCAAGCAACAGAACAUCAUAUUUGUUGGUUGUAUGUCUGUUUGUUAAGCCCCACUCUGCUACCACUGCUAACCAGUGGUGGAGGAAGUAUUCAGAUCUAAAAGUACUAAUACCACAAUGUGAAAAUGCUGCACUACAGGUCAAAGUUUCAUGAGCUUAUAAAAACAGCCUGUUUUCAGCAUUUUCAUCAGUUAAUGAGGAGAUAGAAAAGAUGUCUAAGCUCCAAUGUAAAAACAUCUUCACUCCCACACAGUGAAAGUGAACCUGCAAUCCCACACACUGAUGGAGUUAGUUAAUAACACACUCUUUGGCUUUGGAAGCAAGCUCGUUAGCCAGAGAUGCUCAUGUUUGUGACUAAUGUUAGAGCAGGCACAGUUGAACCCAUUUUUUUACUUUCACUGUUUCAACUUGUGGAGAAAUUCAAAGCUUGUUAUUAAUUAACAACAUUAGCAAUG